AUGGGAGGAUUUAUGUUUGUACAUCAACCGCCCAAGGCAUCAUCACAAAGAGACAUCGAACUGCAGAACGCCAAAAUCAGAGCCCAUGCGGCCAGGAUAUCGCAUUCGAGGAAGGUCAAGAAACCGAAGGCUACAAAGGGUCUACGGCUUCCCAUAAACAUUCGCGAGCAUGGGGAAGGCCAUGACAAGGAUCGUACUAUCCAGCAAAGAGAACCCAUACAGACCCCAAGUAUGCCGCCUGAACGGUACAUCAUUGGCCUUCUGGCCAGAAUUGCAUCUCUUAGAUCCGUUCUGAACCAAUACAAGAGAGAUCCCUUCAACUCGGACCCUGUGCGCAACUUGCCUCUGAUUGCCCUGGAAUUCAUGGACUUCGCAUACGAAAUUCUUUGGCCCAUGAACAUGCCCGGCCUCGAGCUCGCCGCCGUCAAGGCUGAAAUGAUUUCUCGACGAAGACUCGCUGUCCAAAGCACCAUCGAAUUUCACUGCCAGGUGUCCAACAUGGCGACACUGGCAUUCAAUUUCUUGACGGAUCCCGACUCAUUGGACAUCAUCAAUCGAAUCCGCAUGAUCCAUCAAAACAUGGCCAUCAAGCUGAUCUGUCAGGAACUCGAAUCGCUGCGCGGCCCGCCGUCGGAGCUCCUCAUACAGAGAGUGGUGCUCCUCGACGUCCAGGGCGCCGAGCCUUAUGAGAAUUGGGACGUUCAGAUUCAUCCGGAAUCGCCUCUCGUGGCGGCCAACAAUUUAAAGGCCUACUAUCGGUUUCAAGCAGUGGAGUGCAAAGUCAAACCCUGGCGAAUGUUGACGCAAGAGAUUGGCGGGAUAUCCAAAGUCUCUGCUGGGCUGGCGCGGCGUUUGCAAACCGCCGACGUAAGCACCGCCAUUGACUCAGGCACCCAGCCUUUCUUCCCUCUCCUACCGGAAACAGCACCGCAGGAUGAGUACGAAUUGGACGCCGAAGCACUCGUACUCCAAACUCGGCUCGGUAGCAGCCUCCACGGAAUCUGGAGGGCGCCGCACACCCGCCAAAUCCACGCCGUUAUCGACGAGACAUGCAGCCUGACAGUCCGGCUGGACCAAUGCCAUCACAGAAGCACAAAAGACAAGCAUGAGCGAAUGCUGCAGAUAAGCUCCGCCGCCCUUUGCCUCCAGCACAAGCUCUACUCGCUCCCCGUCGAGUUGCCGCCGAACCAGGACCUCGAGCUGGAAGACUAUCUCUUCGACGCGUGCCGGCUGGCAAUCAUGGUCUAUAACGACAUGGUGCUGUGGCCGAUUCCCUGGGCCGCGGGCGUGAAACCACGGCUCGCGCGACGACUGCGCUGCCGCCUAUGCCCUAUCCUGUCGUUGGUUCAUGAUGACGGUACAGGCAGAUAUACAAAUCUGCUCCUCUGGCUCCUGUUGAUGGGCGGGAUUGCUGCGACGUACACGACAGAUCGAACGUGGUACGUCGAACAGCUGUCGACGUACAGAAUGAUAGUCCGGUGUCCAACCUGGGCCGACUUCAAGCAGCGGAUGCAGACGUUUUUGUGGUGGAGCUCUGUCCUUGAUGACCCGGCCUUCAAACUCUGGACCGAAAUAUUAUAUUGGGAUCCUUCUCAACCCUGGACGGAGCAGGUGCUGUUAAGCUGA